CCCCACCCGGGGUGCGGAGGAGGGGCGCUCGCCAGCCCCGGCGCCGUCCGCGCCGCGCUGCCGGCUGUUUUGACAUUUAUUUUUAUUAUUCUUAUUUUAUUUUUGUUUCACGGCGCUGCUUUUUCCUUUUCUUUGCAGCUGGGAGGCGCGGCGGCCGCGGCCUGGGGUCCAGAAGGCGGCGAGGGUGGAGGCGGUGGAAACAGCUCCGGCGGAGAUCCGAGCGGCGGCGGCUCCUCAGCACCGAGGCUCCCGGGUCCCCGCCGCCCCGGCUCUGCGGGUAGUCCCGGUGCCCAGCAGCGCGCAGCGCCCGGGCCGGAGGCUCAUUCCCGCGAAGCUCGCGACAGCGGAGGUUUGUCCCCGCGCGCGCGCCGUAGGCGUCCCGGGUGCUGACGGGCGAGCGGGCGGCGCGCGGUGGACAUGGGCAAGACCAUGUCCAAGCGGCUCAAGUUGCACCUGGCCGGGAACGCCGACAUGGAGGAGCGCGCCUUCGCCAACCCUUUUUCGGACUACGAUGGGGCCGCCGCCGGCGGAGCGACGGAAGACACGGGCAGCGCUCGUCCUCCACCCGGCACAGAGCAGCCCGGCCUCCCCUUCCACAGCGACGGCCAGAUUAUUCCUAAUUUUACAAGGCGGAUCCAGACCAAAAUCAAAGAUCUUCUACAGCAAAUGGAAGAAGGGCUGAAGACAGCUGAUCCACAUGAUUGCUCUGCUUAUACUGGCUGGACAGGCAUAGCCCUUUUGUACCUGCAGCUGUACCGAGUCACAUGUGACCAGACCUACCUUCUCCGGUCCCUGGAUUAUGUCAAGCGGACACUUCGGAACCUGAGUGGCCGCAGAGUCACCUUCCUCUGUGGAGAUGCCGGCCCACUUGCUGUCGGCGCCGUGGUCUACCAUAAACUCAGAAGUGAUUCCGAGUCACAAGAAUGUAUCACAAAACUUUUGCAGCUCCAGAGAAACAUUGUCUGCCAAGAUUCGGACCUUCCUGAUGAGCUGCUGUAUGGACGGGCAGGCUAUCUCUAUGCGUUACUCUACUUGAACACAGAGAUUGGUCCGGGCACUGUGUGUGAGUCCACGAUUAAAGAGGUAGUCGGUGCUAUUAUUGAAUCAGGCAAGACUCUGUCAAGGGACGAGAGGAAGACGGACCGCUGCCCCCUGCUCUACCAGUGGCAUGGGAAACAGUAUGUGGGAGCAGCACAUGGCAUGACUGGCAUCUACUACAUGCUAAUGCAACCAGCAGCAAAAGUGGACCAAGAAACCUUGACAGAAAUGGUGAAACCCAGUAUCGACUAUGUCCGCCACAAAAGAUUCCGGUCUGGAAACUACCCCUCUUCACUGAGCAACGAGACAGAUCGGCUGGUACACUGGUGUCAUGGGGCCCCAGGUGUCGUACACAUGCUGAUGCAGGCAUACAAGGUUUUUAAGGAGGAGAAAUACUUAAAAGAUGCCAUGGAGUGCAGUGACGUGAUUUGGCAGCGCGGUCUGCUCCGCAAGGGCUAUGGGAUCUGCCAUGGGACAGCCGGCAAUGGCUACUCUUUCCUGUCCUUGUACCACCUUACACAGGAGAAGAAGUACCUGUACCGAGCUUGCAAGUUUGCAGAGUGGUGUCUCGACUAUGGUGCACAUGGCUGCCGCAUCCCCGACAGGCCCUACUCGCUCUUUGAAGGCAUGGCUGGUGCAAUCCACUUUCUCUCUGACAUCCUGGCUCCAGAGACGUCACAGUUCCCAGCGUUUGAACUUGGCUCAUCACAGAGGGAUAAAGAAGUGCAGAAAGACUAAGAUGACCAUCUGGACCCAAAGUCCCCAGACAUCUCGGUGCCUGAAACUGACCCCUCUGGACCCUGAAAGGAGAGCAGGCGUAUUCACAGCCCCUGUGUUGCCAAGACCUCCCCAUCAGAGCAUGAGUGAAAACCAUUCGUCCAUGUGUGUGGCCAUACUCACUGGUGUAAAAUAGGAACUCUCCACACCCA